UGAGAUUGCAGAGCUUUUCCACGUCAGUGUGUUUACCAGAAGCAGAUUGACAGCUGCAGGAAGGUGUUUACUUUAUUCACUUAUGGAGCAUUUUUUGAAGAGUGAAUGAAUAGGCGUUAUUUGGAAAUAUUUCGGCAUUACACAGUGGAAUGUCCGACAUUUUUUGUUUGUUUAUUUGUCCAAGUGAACUGAACUUUGGUCUUCUUCGUUCACUGUUGGCCGGCUAGCCUGCUAGCUUGCCGAGCAAGGCUAGCAUUAGCUACAGCAGGACUCCAUCUUUGACAUAGCAGCCACACAGAAAAGCAGCAUGGUGGACAAGAAUAUCUACAUUGUCCAGGGUGAAAUUAGCACUGUUGUUGGAGCUAUAAAGAGGAACUCCAGAUGGAAUACGCACACUCCCCUGGAUGAAGAACAGGACCCAUUACUCAACAGCUUUGGCCAGCUCAAGGAAAUACUAAACAGCAUAAAAGAGCUGUCGGAUGUUGAACCCAACGUUUUCUUGAGGCCCUUCCUAGAAGUGGUGCGCUCUGAGGACACCACUGGACCAAUCACAGGCCUUGCCCUUACCUCCGUCAACAAGUUCCUUUCCUACGGCCUUAUAGAUGCUAACCAUGAAGCAGCAGCAGAGGCCAUUGAAAACAUGGCAGAUGCAGUCACACACGCUAGAUUUGUCGGAACAGAUCCUGCAAGUGAUGAAGUGGUCCUGAUGAAAAUUUUACAGGUCCUGAGGACUUUGCUGCUGACACCUGUUGGGGCCCAUCUGACCAACGAGUCUGUUUGUGAAAUCAUGCAAUCCUGCUUCAGGAUCUGCUUCGAGAUGCGCCUAAGUGAGCUCCUCAGGAAGUCCGCCGAACAUACACUGGUCGACAUGGUGCAGCUACUAUUUUCCAGACUCCCCCAGUUCAAGGAGGAGGCCAAGAGUUAUGUGGGUGCCAACAUGAAGAAGGCUUACAAUAUCUUGUGGAAAAACAAACGUGUGCAGUUGAAGAUGCGUGCCGGUGGAAUGAGUGAAUCAUCCAAAUGGAAGAAGCAGAAACGUUCACCAAGGCCACCCCGCCACAUGGUCCGAAGUCCCUCCGGUCAAAUGGACCCAAGUCAAUCCAGUACACUCAGCAACAACAUAUCAGGUGGUGUCCCAUUCAUUGAACAAGGUUUGUCCAACUCCAGCCUUCCAGCCUCAGACAACGCUGGCUCGUCCGUUUCCAGCCCUACAACUACAGACAGUGGCCUGGACACCUGUUCCAAAACCACCUCCAGGGAAGACCUUUCUGACCUGGAACAGUGUAGCUCAUCUGCAACCUCCCCUAGCACCGCUGCUACACACCACGGGAAUGAAUGUGCUCUGGAUGGACAGUCUGAAAGCAGACAGGUUGAACCAUCUCAGGCAACCUCAGUGGAGUCCAUCCCAGAGGUUCUAGAAGAUAAAGACUCCAUUACAGAUCAGUCAGACAGCGCCUCUGUCCAUGACAUGGACUACGUAAACCCUCGAGGAGUCCGUUUCACACAGUCUACACAAAGAGAUGGAGCGUCUCUUAUCCCUUAUGGCCUCCCAUGUUUGAGGGAACUCUUUCGCUUUCUAAUCUCACUCACCCACCCCAAUGACCGCCACAACACUGAUGCCAUGAUGCACAUGGGCCUGCAGCUGCUGACUGUAGCACUUGAGUCGGCACACAUUGCUAACUACCAGUCUUUACUGGUGCUGGUCAAAGAUGAGCUCUGCAGACAUCUCUUCCAGCUGCUGAGUGUGGACCGUAUGAACCUGUAUGCUUCCUCUAUACGAGUUUGCUUCUUGCUUUUUGAAAGCAUGAGGGUGCAUCUAAAGUUUCAACUUGAGAUGUACCUGAAGAAACUGAUGGAAAUUAUCACAUCAGAGAACAUGAAGAUGCCGUAUGAGAUGAAGGAAAUGGCUCUCGAGGCACUUGUCCAGCUAUGGAGAAUCCCCAGCUUUGUCACUGAGCUGUACAUCAACUAUGACUGUGAUUUCUACUGCUCCAAUCUGUUUGAAGACCUCACCAAACUGCUGUCCAAGAAUGCAUUCCCAGUAUCGGGGCAAUUGUACACCACCCAUCUCCUAUCACUGGAGGCUCUGCUUACAGUGAUUGACAGCACUGAAGCCCACUGCCAGGCCAAGGUGCUCAACAGUAGCACUCAACAUGAUCAGUCAGAGACACUGAUGGCAGAAGGAGAAGGUCCAACUAAAAAUGGAACAGAUUCUGCUACUGAUCUUAGUAGACUGGCCAGUACCAAUGGCCUUCCUCAAUCUGAGAAUCCACCCGUGUGUCCACCUACCAGUGGACAUCUGAUGGCAGAGAAGAUGAAACUGGGUAGACAGGAUCAAGGAGACAGUGAUACUUCUGAGAAGAGAGCUCUGAAAAAGCCUCAGCGCUUCUUAUCUUGUUUACCUGAUUCGCAGGAGUUGAUAGAAAUUAGAACAAAGAAAAAGCUGCUGAUCACUGGCACAGAGCAGUUUAACCAGAAGCCCAAGAAGGGAAUCCAGUUCCUGCAGGAAAAAGGCCUCCUCAGUAACCCCAUGGACAACAAUCAGGUGGCUCAGUGGCUCAGAGAAAACCCCAGACUGGACAAAAAAAUGAUUGGCGAGUGCAUCAGUGAUCGCAAGAACAUGGAACUCCUGGACAGCUUUGUGAACACGUUCACUUUCCAGGGGCUUCGUAUUGAUGAGGCCCUGCGGCUCUACCUAGAGGCAUUUAGACUACCUGGAGAGGCUCCUGUCAUUCAGAGGCUGCUGGAAACGUUCACAGACAACUGGCAUAAAGUGAACGGGUCUCCUUUCAUGACCAACGAUGCAGGCUUUGCCUUGGCCUACGCUGUCAUUAUGCUGAACACUGACCAGCAUAACCACAAUGUCCGCAAACAGAACAUCCCCAUGACAGUAGAGCAAUUCAAGAAAAAUCUGAAAGGAGUAAAUGGAAACAAAGACUUUGACCAGGAUAUGUUGGAGGACAUCUACAAUGCUAUCAAGAAUGAGGAAAUUGUGAUGCCAGACGAGCAGACAGGUUUAGUGAAGGAGAACUAUGUGUGGAGUGUUUUGCUGCACCGUGGCGCCACACCUGAAGGGGUUUUCCUCCUCCUGCCACCCGGCAGCUACGACCAUGACUUGUUCACCAUGACUUGGGGUCCCACCAUCGCUGCCCUCUCCUACGUCUUUGACAAAAGCCUUGACGACAACAUCAUCCAGAAGGCAAUCACUGGCUUCAGGAAAUGUGCAAUGAUAGCGGCUCACUAUGGCUUCAGCGAUGUUUUUGACAAUUUGAUCAUCUCCCUCUGCAAGUUCACCACUCUGAGUAGUGAGUCCGUGGAAAACCUUCCUACAGUGUUUGGCAGCAACAGUAAGGCCCAGACAGCAGCCAAGACAGUGUUUGACCUCGCCCAUCGGCAUGGCAACAUCCUGAGGGAGGGCUGGAAGAACAUUAUGGACUCCAUGCUGCAGCUGUUCAGAGCCGAGCUCUUGCCCAAGCCCAUGGUUGAGGUGGAGGAUUUUGUGGAGCCAAACGGAAAAAUUUCUCUUCAACGAGAGGAAACCCCUUCAAAUCGUGGUGAGUCAGCAGUAUUAAGUUUUGUCAACUGGCUGACGCUGAGCGGAGCCGAGCAGUCGGGACUUAGAGGGCCGUCCACAGAAAACCAAGAAGCCAAGCAAGCUGCUAUUAACUGCAUAAAGAAAUGUGACCCAGAAAAGCUGAUCACAGAGAGUAAAUUCCUGCAACUGGAGUCUCUACAGGAGCUAAUGAAGGCUCUGAUAUCAGUCACCCCAGAUGAAGAGACCUACGAUGAGGAGGAUGCUGCCUUCUGCUUGGAGAUGUUGCUGCGAAUUGUUCUAGAGAACCGAGACCGUGUGUCCUGUGUGUGGCAGACGGUGCGUGACCACCUCUGCCAGCUUUGCGUUCAUGCUACCGAGAGCUGCUUCCUGGUGGAGAGAGCUGUGGUGGGACUCCUUCGGCUCGCUAUCCGCCUGCUACGACGAGAAGAUAUUAGCUCUCAGGUCCUUCUCUCCCUGCGUCUGCUACUGAUGAUGAAACCUCACGUAUUGGCCCGGGCCAGCAGGGAAGUGGCUUAUGGCCUUCAUGAGUUGCUAAAGACCAAUGCAGCCAACAUCCACUGUACAGAUGACUGGUACACACUCUUCUCCCUGCUGGAGUGCAUCGGAGCUGGAGUGAAACCUCCUGCCUCCUUCCAGCUUACCUCCACGACUAAUGACAACGAUACAGGGGCCCAGUCAGAUAGUGAGCUGUCAUCUCAUCAUUCCAGUGAAGUGACGUUAGACCGUGGCUACACAUCUGACUCAGAGGUCUACACUGAUCACAGCAAGACCAGGAUCCCUCGCUCCACAACAGAUGUAGAUGUAGCCAGCAGUGGAUGGCUUGUGGUUGGAAAAGACGACCUGGAGAUGAGUAAGACUCCCCUAGUAAGCUCUAAAACUCAACUGACUCACCCGCUGGUCAACCAGUACAGUUUGACGCUAGGCCAGGACCUGGGCCACCAUGACACAAAGUCUCUCAUCAAGUGUGUGGAAACGCUGUCCUUCAUCGUCCGUGAUGCAGCCCACGUCACCCCGGACAACUUUGAACUGUGUGUUAGAGCUAUACGAGUGUUUGUGGAGGCCAGCCUAAAUGGAGGUUACCGGAAUCAUGACAAGAAGAAGAGCCACAAGUAUGACUCCUCAAAGUCCCGGAUGAGGAAGAAGGCAGGGGGCCGGGAAAAGGACAGCGGAGGCAACACACGAAGAGGCGGCAGCCGGGCAUCCAGCCAGCGCCCGUCACGUUCCCACAGUGAUGAUGAGGAGGACGAGGGCGUCCCAGCCAGCUACCACACGGUGUCAUUACAGGUUAGUCAGGACCUGCUAGACCUGAUGCACACCCUGCACACCCGGGCUGCCAGCAUCUACAGCUCCUGGGCAGAGGAGCAGCGCCAUCUGGAGGCUUCAGGCAGGAAGAUCGAGGCCGACUCCCAAACUCUGUGGACCAGCUGCUGGUGCCCCCUGCUGCAAGGCAUUGCUUGGUUGUGUUGUGAUGCCAGACGACAGGUUCGCAUGCAGGCCCUCACCUACCUCCAAAGGGCGCUGCUUGUCCACGAUCUGCAGACACUUGAUGCAACUGAGUGGGAGUCCUGCUUUAACAAGGUGCUUUUCCCGCUGCUCACUAAGCUGCUUGACAACAUCAGCCCAGCAGAUGUGGGAGGAAUGGAGGAAACCAGAAUGAGAGCCUGCACGCUUCUGUCCAAGGUUUUCCUCCAGCACCUCUCUCCUCUACUGUCCCUCCCAACCUUUGCCGCCCUCUGGCUCACCAUUCUGGAUUUCAUGGACAAGUACAUGCAUGCAGGAUCCAGUGACUUACUGUUGGAGGCAAUCCCAGAGUCUCUAAAGAACAUGCUGCUGGUGAUGGACACAGCAGGGAUCUUCCACAGUGCCGACUCCAAGACAGGAUACUCAGACCUGUGGGAAAUCACCUGGGAAAGAAUUGUCUGCUUCCUGCCUAACCUGAGGGAGGAGCUGUUCAAACAGACUGUCAUACAAGAUCCAGUCCCUGCAGAGCCUGUGCAGCCAAUCCUCCCAGCAGGCCGGCCUCCAUCCCCUCAGGUGUCUCUGCCACCUGCCCAGCCCCCCUCUCCUGUCCCAGUCCCAGCAGAAGCUCAGACCUCCAGCAGGCCAGCAUCACCCCAUGAGCUUCAACCAGCCAGUGCCAACGGAUCAGACCGGUCGUCUCCGAUCCCACCCUCGGUUCCUCCCAUGCCCGUGCCGUUAACAGGAUCUCCUACCCAGGCUCCCUCACCUCUGAGCCAGUCCCCCCUCAUCCUGCAGCCCCUCGCCUCUCCCCUGCAGGUGGGAGUCCCGCCCAUGUCCCUGCCAAUCAUCCUGAACCCUGCCCUCAUUGAAGCCACGUCCCCUGUACCGCUGCUGCCUGGUCCCAGACCUACGAGUCCCUCUGAUGAGGUCAAGUAAGGGGAACUCCAUCUGCCCUCCAGCUGCAUUACUCUCUUUAACAAAUGGACCCAGCUCUUACUUUUAGCAGCUGCUUGUCACCAGGUCUCUGAACUCUGUGGCAGGACGACAUAGAUAAAUUAUACCCUCUUUGAUUUACAGGAAGAAUCUCCCUAAAUAGGUGACGUUGAAAAAGCAAGUUGCUGGAGCACCCUGCUUUGUUUGUGCAAUUUUUCUGUUUAUCUUCUAAUUAUACAUUAGAUAAAUGACUCAAGGGAGACAAUGUACUCGACAUCUGGAACAGAAAACAUUGCAUGAAAGUCUUUCUAGGAAAAAUAUAAAGUGUGAUUGAGGCACAGUGAAUUCCAAAAUCUCAGCAGGUCUAAAGCACUGAGAGCGCCACCAUUCUGUCCUCCUUCUGUCCAACCUGGGGAGAGUUUAUAUCACUUAUUGUGGAAAAUUUACUUGUAGAAUCCAUUACUUCUAAACUCAUUGCGUUAUGUAUAUUUUAAACUGAUACAAUAAAAAAUGACCAUUUCCCCACUUAAUUUUUAUUCUUUGGAAGGUAAGGAAGGCUUUAAAUUCUAAGUCUGGUGACAUUCUGUAUUUUAUUUACUGUCUUAAAGUCUGUUCAAAAGACUAAAACCAAUAAUGUGUUUGUCCAUCUCUUAAAAAGGCUCAGUAAUUUCCUAAAACAUCUGGGUAGUGUAGUUUUUAUUACACAAAUAUAAGGACAGCAGUAGUUCUCUAUGGAAUGGAGGAAUAAGACACAUUAAUACACAUGCCAUACUUUGUUGGAAUUAUUCGGUGUUGGUUUUGCUCUGCCCACAGGUUCUGUUGGUAGUAAGGAAACAACUACAGUUUUCAACACCUCUGAUUCUGACUCUUGAGUUUUCUUCUUUAAGGGUGCUAUCAUGUAUUCAGGAUGAACUUGAUGGUGGACUGCACAGGAAGUGUAGAAUAACGGACCGGGACUUUAGGGGUUAGUGUAGACUCAGCAGCAUUAAUGAAAUCGUUGCUGAACGCUCAAAAGAAAGAGGAACACCUGAAGGACACACUUCUCACCUGAAGAGUGGCCUUCACAUAGAUUUUAAUUUCAAGCUGACCUCAUAGCUUUGCUUGUACGACCGUGCUUUACAUUAAUCUGGAAAUUAAACAGUGGCAGUAAAGGACCACACAAGUACAUUGUUGGGAUUUUCGGUACUGCAUAUUGGUGAUUGAACAGCAUUUCUAUGGCAAGCCAUUUUAACGUUCAAUGGGUGAUAUCAGUCAUAGAUACGCUGCAUUCCCUUGAUAUCUAUAGCAUCAUUCUGGCCAGUCAGAACCACAGUUUGAGAGAUCUGUAAUUUAGUUUGGACUUGAGAAUAAUUGAUGUGAAGGUCAGAGGUUCAAACCCCGAUACAGCCACUGUUUGCCCCUUGAGCAAGGCCCUUAACCCUUGUGGCGUCCUGCGGGUCAAAAUUGACCCACUUUGAAGUAGGUCAAAGUUUGAAAAUGUAGAAAAAAAUAUAUAUUUUCACAGUGAAACGUCUGAUGUCCACAUUUUCAACAUUUUUGGGAAAACUUUGAAAUUUUUUGGGUGGAAAAAAGAAAUCUUAAAAAUGUUUUUUAAGAACAUUCACAGCAAAAUUUGCUGGAUUUAGGUUGAUUUUUUUUUUUGGUGAAUGUUCUUAAAGAAAAUAUUAAAUUUUACUGAUGAUGUAUAUCAGAAUAGAUAUUUUUAGGAUUUUUUGGGAGAUUUUUACUCAUGUUUUGAAAAUAUUUACAAGAAUUUUCUUGCCACAUUUGGAGGAUUUUUAAAAAAUAAAACUUAUAAGGGAAACUUUUAAGGAAUUAUAGAAAUUUUCUUCUUAAAGAUAUACCAAAUUUGGGGAAUUUUUUUUGCUGAAUUUUUGGAUUUUUUUUUUCAGACAAUCAAACAGUAUUUUUUGGUGCCUGUAAAUGAGGACAAAAGGAGGGUUAACCCUUCCUGCUCCAGGGGUGCUGGACCAUGGCUGACCCUGCGCUCUGACCCCCCAAUUGGGCCGAUAUGCGAAAAACAGAAUUUCCCCUCUGGGGACAAAUAAUGUUGGGGGUAAAAAUAUCUCAGAUGCCAUUGUCCAUCCAUCCAUUAUCUACACAUUCUAUACGAUCCUCAUUAGAGUCAACUAUCCCAGUUGACUUAGGGUGGACAGAUCACCAGUCUAUCACAGGGCUAUAUAGGGACAAACAAUCACACUCACAUUCAUACCUAUGGACAAUUUAGAAUCACCAGUUAACCUCAGCUUGUUUUUGGACUGUUUGAGGAAGCCAGAGAAACAUGCAAACUCUAUGCAGAAAGCUCCCAGGAAGGCCAGGACACAAACCGUGGAUCUUCUAGCUGCACGGUGGCAGUGCUAACCCUCAAAUGCCAUCACGACUCCGCUAACUGUUCAUGCAGGGCUUCCCAUUAAUGUUGGUCCAUCGAAGCGUCUGAAUAGUGGCAGCAGAAGUGAUGGCCGCUGUUGUGGUGCUGAAAGAUCGUUAGAUAAAUGGUGGAAGAUUUUGUGGUUGACAAGAGCUUCGUCUAUUAGAAACUUGUGGUCGAAAUUUACUCGAACUAGACAUGCCAAUAAAACGGUUGUUAAAUGAGACUACAGCUGAAGUGCCAAAGUAUGUUUGAAAAUCCAAAACCUUGCACUCAUCGUAGCUUCUGACCUAAAUAUCUGUGAUGCCAUUUUGCCUUGUCAAAAGUCAGAUUCAUGAUAUCUGUAAUUACAUUUUAACAGGGACAGAAUUCCACUUAACCACUACGUCAUUGUGACCUGUUCAGACUUCAUUUUGCGGAUCUUAAAGAGAGAACAGUUCUAGCUGAAUUGAGGAGAAGAAUUAUGCCGAGUCAGAAUUAAGCUGUACAUAUCUAAAACUGGAAUUACAACUAGUCAGGAUUUAAAUGAAGAAAUCUGCAAUGAAAAGCCCAUGAAUGUAGAAACGGCUUGCCAUAGUCUUCUGUAGCUUUGACUUCAAUUGGGUGCUCCAGAGGGCACCACUGAGGGAUUAAUGUCUGAAUCAGACCUGUAUAGAAAGAUGACUAUUUAUAGAUCUGGUGGUUGGUUUGGUCCAUAGAAUAUCCAGACACAGAGACACUGAGCUGUACUGAUUAUUUUCUGUCUUUUUAGUUCUUAAUGAGCUUUUUGUCCCCGAUAGCUUAACAAAAGAAGUGGCUGUGAUUCCGGGCGCCUUAUGAAAUCUAGUUAACAAAGAGUAAUCGCAUGCAUAUGAAGCCUUUCUCAGAUGGACUGGAGACGUCACACAUGCAACAUUUCAAAGUGUAGAUACCAGCGUCUGUCGGCAGGACACUCAGAGCUCCUCACAGCGACUCUUUUACUCUAUGAGAAGUCAUUAAAAGAGCUGAGUGUUGAUGUUCCUUGAUCGUGUUCGUGUAGCUCGCUGUGGACGGCAGUGAUUAAUCCCCAGACCCGGAGGAGGAAGUCUUUACGGAUCUCUAUCAUAUCACAGGAAAUCUAUGGAAAACAUUAGAGCAGUAACUUGACACCUCAGCGUUUACUCCAACUACUACUUAAUACUUGAUGUUGAAAAGUGAAUUACCACUGAAAUCGCCUAAAGCAUCUGAAUUUGGAAGUCGUCUAUUUCUGUUUAUGUGGUUGGAUUUAUCUUGCAGGUAUGUGUGGCAGCCAGGAUUUACACAUUUGUAUACAAAAAAAAAAAAAAUGACAGAGUUACCUGUACAGAGGCUGACUUCAUGUAGGUUUAUUUGUUUUUAAGAAUUGCUCCUUUGUGCUUUGUGUCUGUUUACUGCCCACAGACCUGUGUGAUGGUAAUCAUCAGAUGACUGUGAUAAGACAGGGAUUUUCCCGGGUACGCCAAAAGUGUAAAUGAGUCAAAGGAAAUAUGUGUUGAGCAUCUGUUUUAACAGAUAAAGAAAAGCAGCCAGACUCUAACCUUUCCCUCGUAAUGUCUCAAUAAUCUUUUGUCCCAUUUGUACUUAAAUCCAUACAUUAUCUAUAUGCUGCUUAGUCCUCAUUGGGGUUGUGGGGAGGGGUUACCAGUUCUCUAAAUGGGAUCAUAAUUUACUAAAUAAACACUAUGCUGUAUUUAAAAAGUACCAAAACUAGAAACUGAGACUAUUAACGCCCAUAAAUAUUUGCUAUUUUAACAGAUCAGGUUAGAAGUAAGUUUAUGCAGGUUUAAGGCACUUGUGCAUAGGCUGUGUCUGUCUUUAAAUAAAGUUUGAUACAGAAAAAAAACUAAAAAUAACCACCAACAUAACAGAGAGGAAUUCAAACUGCAUAACACUGAUGGAUGGUUUACAAAGGAAAAUAUCUAAAUGCUAUGUUCAGUGGUAUUUUCACUUCAACAGUAAGUAUUCAGUUGUGGGAGAAACUGCUCCACUUUGCUUCCGUAGAUAUGUGGUGGUGAUGUUGUUGCAUGCUGAUUGUGCCUUGUGUACAAUAACAUGUCUGUUUUGGCAAACUGACUAAUACACGUUUCAGCUCCAUUCAGAGUGACCCUGGGAUUCUCUCAGUGAUGUUUCAUGUUAUUUAUUGAACUGAGGAAGAGGAGAUGGAUGUUUCCGCUGCAGUACAGACGACAUAGAUACAGUGUGUGUCAGUCAGGUAACAGCACAGCCUUAUAGAGCCACCAACAUGUAAGCUGUGUGUUUAUUUGUUGUACAGGACUUUUUACAGGAAAUUACGUGAAUAUAGUGUGUGUAUGUAUAUAUAUAUAUAUAUAUAUAUAUAUAUAUAUAUACACACACACACACACACCUAUAUAUGCAUCUCAAAAAAAUAGAACGUCGUGAAAAAGUUUUCUUGUAACUUCAUUCUAAAAGAUAAACUUUCAUGUAUUCUAUAUUCAUUACACAUAAAGUGGAAUAUAUUUUAAGUCUUUUUUUUGGUGAUGAUUGUGACUUUUAGCUCAUAAAGACCAGAAAUCCAGUGUCUCAAACUAUCACUAAAAGGAUUUAAAAAUGUUCAACUCCUGAAAAGUAUGUUCAUUUAUACACUCAAUACUUGGUUGGUCCACCUUAACUAGAGCCCAGGUUACUUUGAUAGCAGCCUCCAGCUCAUCUGUAGUUUUGAGUUGAAUGUUUCUGAUCUUCCUCUUGACAGUAAACCAAAUGGGGCUCUAAGGGGUUCAGGUCAGGUGAGUUGGCUGGCCAAUCAACGACAGCAAUAUAAUAACUAGCAAACCAUUUGGUAGCAGUUUUGGCACUGUGUGCAGAUGUUAAGUGUUUCUGGAAAAAUAAAUUGGUACCUCCAUAAAACCUGUCAGCAGAUGGAAGCAUGAAGUUCUCUAAAAUGUCCUGUGUUGACUUUGGACUUGAUAAAACACAGUGGACCAAUGCCAGCAGAUGGCAUGGCAUCAUUACACUACGUAAACUUCACACUGGAUUCAAACACCUUGGAUUCUGAGCCUCUCCACUCUUCCUCCAGACUCUAGAACCAUAAUUUCCAAAUAAUAUGUAAAUGUGCUUCCAUCUGAGAAGUUGACUUUGGACCAGUGAUCAACAGUCCAGUUCUUUUUCUCUUUAGUCCAGGUAAGAUCUUCUGACUGUCUCUGGUUCAGGAGUAGCUUGAUAUUAGGAAUCCAAUAACCGAAGCUUCUUUCCUGAAGAUGUCUUUGCUUGGUGCCCAUUGAUGCUCUGACAGUGUCAGUCCUCUACCAAGCCUUGAAUCAACUUCUGUUAAUGAUCUUCUUGAGGCUCCAAUCAUCCGUCUUGUUUGUGCACCUUUUCCUACCACACUUCCAGUCAACUUUCCAUUAAUAUGCUUUGGUGCAGCAUUCUGCCAACAGCCAGUCUUUUCAGAAAUGACCUGUGGUCUGUCCUUCUUGCGGAAGGUGUCACUGAUCAUCUUCUGAACGACUUUCAAUUCAGCAGUCCUUUCCAUUGUUGUGGUUGUGUGUACUGAACUUGACCAAGAGAUCCACAGUAUUUACAGUUUGAAUAGUAACUCUGUCAAACUUCAAAUUAAAUAUUUUGAUUUAAAAUGCUGGAUUUCUGUUUUUUUUAUGAGAUAUGAGCCACAUGUCUAGAAUUUGUACAAAUGUUCAUUUAAAAAAAAAAUGCUGGAAAAUAUUAGGCUUUUCCAUGACGUUCUAAUUUUUUGAGAUGCACUAGUAUACAUAUAAAUGAAAGGAAAUGUACUUUUUACUAUGUAAUAAAUGUAAAGAAUGUG